UCUUGUUUCUUUCGGGACACAUACUCGUAAAUAUCGCGGACUCGCCUGUUUGUUUAUUUGUUUUGACUCUCGUCGUGGAGAAGAGUGUGAGCCGAUGAAGAGGUUUUAUAAGGAGCUUCCGGUGUGGAUUGUGGAGGACCAUCACCAUGUGGUCUCUCAUAUCUAUCGUGCCAUUGCAUCGAGACACCUCCCCAUGCAGAACAUAAAGAUGGUGCAUUUGGACUCCCACCCUGAUCUUCUUAUUCCUGUCAACAUGCCAGCGGACACUGUCUUUGAUAAAGAGAAACUCUUCAGUGAGUUGAGCAUAGAAAACUGGAUAAUGCCAAUGGUGUAUGCUGGCCAUGUGUCCUGCGUCAUGUGGCUGCAUCCACACUGGGCCCAGCAGAUCAGAGAGGGGGAGCACAGGAUGGCUGUCGGCAGAGACUCAUCCACCACAACCAUCAGGGUGACAAGUACAGACAACUACUUUCUCAGUGAUGGCCUGUAUGUUCCCGAGGAGCAGCUGGAGAACUGUAAACCUCUCAGACUGAGAGUGGUCAAAGUCAGUCAUGUUCCACCAGGCCACAGGUUGCUAACACAAAAGAAAACAGAGGGGAACACAGAGACAAGGUUUGCAAAGAGACCUCGAACACUGUUUAAAGAAGCUGGAGCAGCCUGCUGCACUGCGCCGCUCGCCGGUACUGCUGAAACACUGCAGCCAGCAGAGGGUAGCGGCAUCACCAACAUAACCACAGAGGAAAAACUGAGCACAAAAGUCACAGCACCUCAGAAUGAGGACAUUGAUGUGGAAGGAUCGCCCGCUUAUGUUGCAAAGCAAAUAUUUGCUUGUUUAAGUGACACGGAGCCCUACAUUUUGGACAUUGAUCUGGAUUUCUUCUCCUGUAAGAAUCCAUUCAAGGAAUUAUACACUCAGGAGGAAUACACCAUCCUUCAGGAACUGUACACCUUCAGAGAACCCAGCCCGAACGCUGACAAGGAUGAGCUUGAUGAAUGUGUGAAUCGUCGUGUACAUCAAUUAGAGGACCUGGAGGCGGCUUUUGCUGAUCUACUGGAUGAUGAUGGAGAACAGACCAUUGGACGUUGGGCCAACAAUCCUGGGAUGGCUUCAUUACCUCAACUCAUUUCCAGCCUGAAGUCAAGAAACUCAUGCCCUGACUAUGAAAUGGUCCAUCAGGCCGGGUUAACCUGUGACUUAGUUGAGCUGCCACAUCACGUCAGCACAGAGGAGGAGAUUGAUAAACUUAUCGCUGCUGUUCAAGAGUUUCUGCAGCAGUUACCCAAGCCGACGCUGGUUACCAUGUCCAGGUCCAGUCUGGAUGAAUACUGCCCACCAGAACAGGUGGAUUCUAUCCAGAGCAGGAUAUUGGCUGUUUUGGAAAGUCUGUAUGGAUCACUGGACCUGCACAAAGACUACGACACCUCCAACAGUCAGGACGGCCAGCCACAGGCUUCUUAACACACUCAUCCAGACACACACACACAUCACUGCUGAGUUUAGCAGAACUACUCUGUGUGUAAACACAAUUUAAUGAAGAAAAAGUCAAAACAGGCACAUGACCAUAAGAUCACAAACAGGACUCAACAAAAUUAGGCCCAUUUAAUGUGUAUAAAACUUUAGACAAUAAUGAAAAGCUGUGAAAUGUUUAUGAAUACAUAAAAUGUCAGACCACUUGCCUCAUUUAUAAAAUAUAAAACAUUUUGGAAUAAAAUAUUAUUAUUAUUAUUUUUAUGCAGUCUCCUGCAAAUGAAGAAAGCCAGGUUGUAUUUAAGUGGAAUUCUGUCAUUUUAUUAUUUAUUAGUCAUUUAUUGUAUUUGUGUUUUAAUGGGGAAAUAAGUCUUGUAAUUCAAAAAUCGAUUUGUUUCUUUCAAUAAAUAGAUAUUAUUUUACAUUAGAGUGUCAUUGGAAUAUGAAUGUUUGGACAUUUCGCAUUAAAAAUCUGUUGGUAUACAGAAGGGGAAAAAAUGUGCUUAUGGGUUACUUCAUGAAAAGGGGUCACAUUACACAAGCAAACAUUAUUGGUCAGUAAAAACAGAACAGCCCAAUG